UAAAGCAUUGUUUACGUCUGUUGUGAAAGUAGGUCACAUACAUAUGACAGUUAGCGGGUGGCAGGAUCCGAUUGCUGUAACAAAAACACACGUUAUAGCGUUAUACUAAAAUCUUUAGGAAUAAAAGACACUAACGAUUUCGGUGGGAACCCUGAAACAGGUAGGUUUGCCUUUGCCUCAGUAAAAAUCGCUGUCUUAGUUAAUGCAUGCAGCAUACAGGAUGUAGAGCUUUUGCUAAAUCCGCGAGUCUCCGUUAGCGCUCGGACCAGAUAUGUGGCGAUGCCUGUUGCUCUGUCCUGCAGAUAUUCUCAUAUGUGGCGUGGUAUAAUAUUUAAAUCAUAGUAAUCAACAGUAUUCGUAUAAUAGCAAGUGAUAUGCGCUUUUGUAAGCUAACAUAAUAUUCAUAAUUUAGAUUUGUAAGGUGUCUAGCUGGUCACUUUCUGCGAGGCCUAACAAAGUGAACAUGUUAUGUUUUGUCGGGAGCUAACAGUAAACCAAUGUCAGCAAGAUGUCAAAUGACUACGUUUGUGAAAUGAAAAACGGACGGGCGAAUGUCAGAUAUGAAUUAAAUACGAUCGUGGUUAAAGUGAGCUUGUUGCCAGCUAAUAGUGUUUUUAAAAAACGCCGUAACCUCGGUUCGCUGAGAAGCGGGAACGAGACAUUGCGGAGCGCCCGCUAUGGGAACUCUUCCCUUCUCCACUUUCCUGAAGUCUUAGGUCGCUUUCACACUUGAUUUUUAGUUCGGAACGGGGCGCGGUUCGCAUGAAAAAUCGCUAAUGUGAAAGCUGUCAAGCGAACCCGGGUGCGCACCUGGCUACCGAACCCGAGACUACCUGAAGGAGGUGGUCUGAGUUCGGUUGCUCUCGAACUGUGGCGGGUUCGCAUGAAUAUGAAAGCAACACGGACACAGGUGCGCACUUGAUGAGGAACUAAUGUGACCUGCGUUUAAGCCGAUUACGAUGUAUUUCCUUCAAUAAAACACAUGUAAGAGAUGAUAGUGUUGAUGAUUUACCUUGGAUUCGAGCGAGAGUGCAGGCUGCAUCGUAUUUCAGCGUUGCGAGUGGAAUCAGAGCAGCAGGUCAAUGGUAAUCCACUGUUUCCUCGAAAUAGUCUGUUUGCAAGCAGCAGAAAGCCGUCUGCAUGCAACGCGCAUACAGUAAACACAAAUGUCAUUUACUCUGCUGCGCAUAAUAGCACCAAAUGAAUAAAAACACAAUAUAUUGAUCCGUGUGCGCAGUGCACAUUUUUGAUAACAUAAGAUGAAUGCAAACGCACCAGGGGCCUGCACUCUAAACGGGGUAGAAAGAGACUUUGGCACAUAACCCGAUUUCGACCGUAGAGUGACGCUGCAGUCGCCGGCUCCAAAACGAAUGCAAUCAGCGCCGACUGAGAGCGCUUGUAAAUCCCCUAUGCGCUUAGCCAAAGCAAGGGAGAGAAAGAGAAUGGCUAGAGAGAGCUCUCUUUUGGAAACUGCUUACAAAGGCUCGAAAGGGGGAAGAGACAGAGCCUACAGCACCAACGCUAAGUCCUACGCCGGCACCGAAGGAGAUAGCUGGAGAAACAGUCUCCUCGCUCCCCUUAGAAAUCUGACCACCAAUGUGUGCCUACCAAUCGGUUGCCCAUCAACUGGGUAACGAAACGAGGCGAUGGCAGCCACUUAAACUUUCAGCAUGGACGGGGCCGCCGUUAUUCAGCCUGUGCUGCAGGUAGCGUAAAAUACCGGACACGAGGCAGGACACUGGGUCGAUAUUGUUAUCACUGCAGCUGCAUAUCCUACAAGAACAAAACGCAGUGCGCAUUCUCCUCUGCCGCGAGCAGACAUUAGUCGCCCACGUGAACCCUCACAGAUGAGCUUGUACCGAGACUGAGUCAUAUGAGUGACCAUAUGUUAACACACUUGAGAACAAAGCACGUUAUGCUCCACACAGCAAUAAGAUGCACUAAAGGCUGUUUAGCACAUCUCACUAAUGGGCCAAUCGACAGCACAGUAAGAGAGCUCAAAAUCAAGCGAACAGCACUUGACCAACGCCAAGAUGGCACACAUGAUAAGGGCAUUAAUCAAACCGUGCCCACAAAGACAGAGACAACUGUCCAACAAGCACUAGGAACACAACGCGAUCGCUCAUACAAGGUAGACACCUUAUGCAAAGGGGUAAGCUCGUAUGUGGGAAACUGUUGAAGCAUAGCAAGCCAGCGGUGCUAAAGGGCAGAGACCGGCGCGGCCAGCUCAGCAUCUAGCUUUCCCACAAGCAGUACACAGAGCAACGGCAAACACGCGCUACCAACUGUGUAGCAAACGUGGGCUCGAGCGGCUGCUGCCAGGGCAGCACCACCGCCAAAUCCAGCCACAUGUCAAAAUAACAAGGACGCGAAGACAUUCGUUCUCUGAAUCAAUUCACAUAUGGAAUGGCCACAUGAAUCACAGAAAACGCCUACGACGAGGGGUUGUCUGGAUUAAAACAAAUAUAUGACUCAGUUAGGGGUACAAUAACCCAUAUGCCGAUCUGAGAACCGCCAAAAGCACCUGAUAUAAGGGGCUGACUGGAUAUGACACAGAUAUGAUAGAACUCAACUAAGCGAGGAUCUAUUCAGUACUGAUAGGAAGUGCGCAAUGAUGGGUCAGGUCCGAAACUCUGGACGGCAGAACCACGUCCGACUCUUGUGAAUGCCCACUCCCAGAACCGGCGCUUCACACCAACUGUAACCGAGAUCACACUGCUGAAGCGAUGCACGCGGUAGACGAUCACAUUUCGUAGUAGUGCAAAUCUACCCGGCAUUCAAACCAAGGUAUGAUAGGGAGCAGUACCGAGUAACCGGGGCGUUGCGAACUCACAAUAACAGGGCUCUACCAGUUGUCAUACAUGCGGGGAAGCUUAAAGCUACACAGAUCCGCUGCUCGAUACAGGGGUCCUAGCGCUGCGUAUACAGGAGCACUGAAAACCCAAUGUGUAUCAAGCAUACAACAGGACACCGCCGUGCCGGGAGAUGGAGGCAAAGAACACUAGGUAGUGAGGCUGCGCAUAUACAAAUCGAACAGCACCAGACCAGCACCACCCUCCUAAGGUGUGCCCCGCGGCCACACACCGCUCAGCGCUGUCUCCUGGAGUCCGAUAUGAGGCUGGAACAGAGAUACAAUAAGUAUCUCUCGCGCAUAAGUAACAACGAGCUCCGGGAUGGAGGUCUGUGCAAAAGCGCGCGCACACACACAGUCACAUGGGCAGCGUUGCUUCCAUGGCGGUAUUGCAAGCCACUUGAUGGAAAGCCUGCACCCUUUAGCCGGUGGCUAAAGAAUUUACACAGGUAUUACAGACACUUCAUAUCCAUAUAAUAUUAGAUAUAUUGCACACGUAAAACACAUUACUAUGUACUUUGGACAUGGGAAGUGAUGGUUGAGAUGGGAAUCGAGCCCGGAUCUCCCACGUAGAAGCUAGCGGCUCUAACCACCGUCCUAUAGCGGCACCUUACAAAUGCACGGGGCACGUGCGUGUAAAGGCUUGUCGCCAUUUUGAACGGCACCCAUGUGAAAGAAUAAUCAGUGAGCCUCGACCCGAAGAGUCCACGAGCGAUGUUCCUGUGAGUCCUCAAGAUGUGCCGGCCGGUCCGCACAGUGUGAGCAAUCAGACUCGCCCAACGCAGCCUCAGCAUGAGCCAGGCCCAGGCAGGCAAUGCAGUGCUCAUUGGUAUCCGGCAGGCCAAUGGGGCCCGCACAAAGACGACAGAAAGCAGCCGUCGGAUGCGGUGAAGAAGUCUCUAGUUGUUUCUUCAACGAUGGCAGCAUGAAAGAGAAGUUUCUGAGGUGUAGAGGCCCCCAGUUGGCAUGUCGAGGCGGAGCAGAAAUAGCAGAGCCUGGAGGUACGUGUGGAGCGGAAUCCGAAGGGAUGCAGAUGCGAGAGCUUUGGUUCUGGCCUCCGAAAGUGACGAGUGGGGUUACGAUCGCCAGCAGUAUAGUGAUUCAGAUUCAGAAGCUGAGUAUCCAGCCAUUGUGCCGGCGGUUCCGAGUGCAGUGCCCGUGACUGGAGAGUCAUACUGCAGUUGUGAUUCACAGAUGGAGCACGGCUGUAACCCGCGACUCCGGGGUUACACGCACCUGCGUGACUGCCACUGUGGAGAAGAUGACCAAGAUUUCGACUGGGUGUGGGAUGAAGGCAGCCGGUCAUCUGCAACGCUGCUGAGCUGCGAGAACAGAAAAGUGAGCUUCCAUUCGGAAUAUAGCUGUGGGACAGCGGCCAUUCGUGGCUCCAAGGAUCUCUCGGAUGGACAGCAUUUCUGGGAGAUCAAAAUGACUUCUCCUGUCUACGGCACAGAUAUGAUGGUAGGUAUUGGCACAUCAGAUGUAAAUCUGGACAAAUGUAGACACACGUUCUGCAGCCUGCUGGGUAAAGAUGAAAACAGCUGGGGUCUGUCAUAUACAGGUCUGUUACAUCAUAAUGGUGACAAAGUGAGCUUUUCAUCACGUUUCGGCCAGGGUUCUAUUAUUGGCGUUCACUUGGACACUUGGCACGGAACCCUCACCUUCUUUAAAAACCGCAAGUGUAUCGGUGUAGCAGCUACAGAGAUGAAAAACAAGCGUGUGUUUCCUAUGGCAUGUUCCACCGCUGCCAAAAGCAGUAUGAAGGUGAUUCGUUCUGUUUCGGCCCCCACCUCGCUUCAAUACCUGUGCUGCUCUCGCCUCCGCCAGCUCCUCCCCUCUGGAGUUGAUGCUCUUCGAGUUUUGCCCUUGCCACCUGGUCUUAGACAUCUUCUUCACUCCAAACUGGGAUGGGUGCUGAGCCUGGACCACACACACCUGCACACAACCUCAAACACACAUACCCCACCCGGGCCCUCCUCGGGUAGUGACUCUGAGGGCUGCUCCUCCGACCCAGAGGCCUGUCAACGGAAACGCUGCCGCUGGACCUGAGACUGUGCCCUCCUCAUACCCAUCCACUCAUCCUCUCAUUACACACACAUUUAAAAUAUUUCCUCAGAUGAAAAAAGUCAACAUGUAAACACUGGACCUGUGUGUCUCCUACAAAGGUGGAUAACAGAGUUUGCUGAGUAACUUUAAAGAUACAGUAAUUCAAGGUCCGUUGAGCCAGUUUUACUAGUUGUGUUGCUGGUAACUAUUCAUUUAAGGUUCAAAAGGUAGCUUCCCCCUUCAGAUGACGUUUGGAUACAUAACAGUAUUCAGUCUUUUUUGUUUUCUAUUGUUCUAUUGUGAAGUCCCAAAUACACAAUGGAAUGACGAUCAUCAUCAACUCCAAGGAAAACAAAACAUGAACUUUGUGACUCUUAUGAUGUAGGGGAACAACAUGUUACCAUUUGAAAUGCAGGUAAAAACAGAUACACACUAAGGCAGAGACCUACUCAUACACAAACAAUACAUUUACCCUGAGUGAACUGUACAUUUUUCAAUUACCGGCAUUAUAUCACGUGGGGUAGAAAAAUUACUUAAUCAUAGGAAGUGAAUUGUAACUCAUGUGUCACUCUGGAGAUGAGAUGUUUGAUAGGAUCUGUUCUAUCUUAAUUGAAUCUAUUUAUCAAACAAUCAUCACUUCUGUUGUUAUUUUAUAAAUGAACUUAAAGUUACCAGAAGUGAACAGCAGUGACAUCAAAAUGAACAUUGUCCGUAAAUUGUGUUUUUAAUAACAUAAAGUUUGGAAUAUGUAUACUUUAACUGUUUUAUCUUUAGGAAUUAUUUUGGAUGCUAGUCAUUACUCAAGUAUGUAUGUCUUUGAACAGUAUUUGAAAAAUGCUGUUUUCCUGAAAAUAUCGUGAUACAGUUAUCAAACUGACUAAAUUUAAUUCAGUUUUUAAUCUGUGCAACAAGUCUACAUGAGGUUCAUAUUGAAUUCACAUGGGGUUUAUAUUGCAGAUUUUGUAAUUCAUUGUAAAGAAAGUGAAACAUGUUUUCAUUAUGCAUAAAGCACUUUCUUGCUUAUUGUAUGUAAGAAAUAUAUACAGCUCCCCAUACUGUUUUACGCAUAUUGUAUGUCCUAAGUGCUCUCUCAUUGACUCUUUAUUAAUCGUUUUCUCUCUAUGCCCCCCAGUCUUCUCAUUCUUCUACAUCAUACUUUAAGCAUGGCCUUUUAUAUUAAUUUAAAAAAAUUGAAAAUAUAUAUGCAUUAAAAAGGGGCUGGGUAUGUUUUUUGAAUUCUUAAUAAAGAUUUUCAAA